AUUGCCUGAAAAGCAAUGAAAGGCUGGCUGCUUCUGGCUGUUGCUUUUCUUCUUUGGCCAGGCUGCUCUUCUCAAAAUGAAUGUGAAGAACCAAAUGAGAUUGACUUUGGGGAAAUUGUGAGCAUUGAGAAAGCCAAGUACCUGCAAAAUGACCGAGUACAAUACAGGUGCAACCCUGGCUAUGUCUUGGAAGGACCUGAAUGGAUUCAGUGUAAGGGACAAGAAUGGACACCUCAUCCACCAAAAUGCUUGGCACCCUGCAGUAUCACAAGACAACAGUUAGCAGCAAAAAACUUGUUUUUGUUUGGGAAUCAAAGAAAAGCUCAGCUUAUUCAAAGUAACCAGAACCUACAAUUUCAGUGUAAUGAAGGAUAUGUGCUUGUGGUUCCAUCAGUCAGAAAGUGUGUUGACGGUUACAUGGAUUUCCCAUUAUGUAUCUCUGAAAGAGGACAAAGCUGCGGGGAUCCACCCAGGAUUGAGAAUGGAGACAUUAUUCCUUUAUCUGAGCAGCAGUACAGAUCUGGCUCUUCAGUAGAAUUCAGAUGCCAAGAGUAUUAUGCCAUGGAAGGUCAGAACAGAUCUUUCUGUGACAAUGGGGCCUGGACAAAACUGCCUGUUUGCCUCGGUAAGCAGAAUUGA